CUAUCAGUCUGACGCUGAGAGAGCGUCGCGACGAUCGACAAAUCCUUAAGGGAUUUAAAUUGUUAAAUUUGAGUGUAUCGAUACGUGUCUCUUACCUGUCGAUAUUAAGAAGGUGGUUGUGAAUUCAAAUAUAACCGAGUUAUUGAAGUUCUAAUUUGUAGCUUGGUUAUUUGUCGUUUUCUUGUGUAUUUUUUUAAUUAUUUUCAACACAAAUAAAUGAGUAAAAUUAUCAACCAAUAAGAAGAUUCCUUAUCAUAAAUUCUAUUUUUAAAUGAAAAAUCUUUUAAGAGAUUUGUGAAUUUAUGAUUCAAAAUUUUAAAAUAACAACUUCAUGAUAACAACUUGAAAAACGAAGAGAAACUGAAAACAUUUUUAAAAAGACAAAUUUUUGCUGUUGUAGCAACUCAAUUUAAUGAUGUAAAAUUAAAAUUAAAUCGAUGUCUUGAUCCUUGAGAGAUUUGAGACAUAUAUCGAUGCCUCAAUGAAACGAAUUUGUAGAGCGCCACUGUGCUAUAAGAAUUCGAUUGACCAAUGUGUAUCCCAUUAAUUUUGUUACUCAUGCAGUGCCUGCAGUAUCGUUAACGAAGAUUAUAUAUGACAGAUCGAAAAUUGAAUACAUAACAAGUUAUUAAUGUAAAACAUGUUAGAUAUGUGAAAAGUAAAGAGAUAAAAAGACAUUGAAGAUUCUCUAAAAAUAGAUUUCGUUCUGAGCCGAAAUGUUGUGUAUUUGUAGAAGAAUGUGGGCGAUUUAUGGCACUUACCUCAUCGAUAGUGCAUUUUGACAUAAAACAAGAAAUUUGCUUCUUUUAUUUUGAUUCGUCAUGGGAAGUGAUUGCUGUAAAUGCACUAAUGGUAAAAAGAAUGUUAUUAAUGGGUCUUCUUCCGAUGGAUCGGAAUACCGAAUACGAGAUGGAUUACCAGUUUCAUCAGAUCGUUAUCAAUUAUCGAUACGAAGCAAUGUUGUACAGCUGGCCUUAAAGCAAUCACGUAAAAAUGAUACGGGCUACUAUUCUCUCGUAGCAACGAGGCUCGAACAAGAAAAUGAUAAAGGAGCUUUAAAGAAAAUUCAUUUAAGUAUUAGCGAACGAAGUUACGAAGAAGGUGAUCCUCCUGUCUUUUUAAGAAGAUUGAGCGAUCUCGAAGUAAAAGUUGGCACUCGGACCAGAUUUCUCGUAGAAAUUCAAAGUUCAACCACUUUGAAGAUAACUUGGUAUAAAGAUGAUUUGCCUAUUCACGAUGGACAUAGAUUCUUUCUCGUUCACGAAGGAAAUUUUCAUUGUGUUGACGUCGCUCCCGUUACAGUCGAUGAUCAAGGAUCCUGGACCUGCAUGGCAGAAAAUCACAGCGGAAGAUCCUCGUGUACAUCCACUCUCACCGUCAUUGUUCCCAGGGCUUACAAAAAACCAGAAUUUGUUGAAGAACUCCGCGCACUACUCACUGAGACAGGUACCGUGUCAUUGGAAUGUAAAGUAAUUGGUGUACCUACGCCGGUAUUGAAGUGGUUUAAAGAUAACAAGGAAAUCAAAGCUGGCGAUGUGUUUGCUUUGACUGCUAAUCCCGAUGAUCCAACAUCUCUUGGUGUUUAUACUUGCGAAGCGGUCAAUUGCAUGGGAACGGCCUAUUCUUCUUCAAAAGUUCACGUAGUUGGAAGAGGAAGCCGAGAAGGUUCAUUGAAACCGGCGGAUGCUUUAGCACCAUCUGGACUACUUCCGAUAUUUAAACAGAUGCUCCAAGACGAAUGUUGUCGGAUUGGAGACUCCAUCGUACUAUCUUGUCGCGUUCAAGUACCACCCUGGCCAAAAGCAAUCACCUGGUAUAACAAGGAAGGUCGCGUAGAACCCAGUGAAAAAUAUCAUGUAAUAGAGGAUGGUAUCGGAGGAUACUCGAUCGAAAUAAAACAAGUAGAAGCCAUGGAUGAGGGUGAAUGGAAAUGUGUUGCUAGCAGCGAAGAUAAUAUGAAGCAGUUUACGAGUUGUUAUGUAGCAAUGUCUAUUCCAAGGAAUUAUAGGAAACCGCGUUUCAUGGAGAAUUUGAAAGCAGUUUUGACAGAAGAAGGUCUUGUCUCGUUCGAAUGCAAAGUUGUAGGUUUCCCAACGCCAUGGCUGAGAUGGUUUAAAGACGGUCAAGAACUUAAACCAGGAGACGUCUAUCAAUUAACCGGAACUAAUUCACUAGGUUCUUAUUGCUGUAUCGCAAGAAACUGCAUGGGUGAAGCCAAGAGUACAGCUGAAUUAACCAUUGAAGAUAUACAAAAUCAGUUAAACGAAGAAGAACGUUUCCAACUUUUAAGUAGUAAUCAACCACCAAAGUUUAUAAAAGGCCUCAGAAGUUGUGAAGCAAGAAUAAACGAAGAUUUUUGCUUUACAAUACAAGUAAGUAUAGCACCAGAACCGACUCUUUCUUGGUAUAGAAAUGAUGCAUUAAUGGAUGAAUCUGACAAAUAUCAUAUAGUAAAAGAGAAUCUUGGCACAUGCCACUUUGAAGUGCACAAACUCGAAUUUGUUGAUCAAGCAGAAUGGAAGUGUGUAGCAGCAAACGAUUUUGGUCAUAGUGUCACUUCCUGCUUCUUAAAGCUAGUCAUUCCCAAGCAUUACAAAAAACCGAAAUUUCUUGAGAAUUUACGCGCUGUCUUAUCAGAAGAAGGUGCUGUAAAUUUAGAAUGCAAAGUUAUUGGUGUACCACAGCCAGUUUUAAAAUGGUAUAAAGACAAUGCUGAACUGAAGCCCGGUGAUAUACACCGAAUUAUUUCUGGACAGGAUGGCACUUGCUGUUUAGGAAUAUAUACCUGUGAAGCUAUUAAUUGUAUGGGAACAGUCAGUAGUUCUGCAUCUUUAUUAGGAUUUGAAGAUAAAAAAAAUGCAAAAGACGUUCAAUUGUCAAAUGAUCACGAAUUGGCGAGAAAUUUAUCAUUAUCAACGAUACAUGAGGAGCGAACGUCUCAAUUGUAUGAUACACCGCAAACAGAUUAUUCUGUUACUUUGGACGAACGAGGUGAGGUAUCGUUUAGCUUUGACGGUAAAGAAGUGUCAGUCAGUCUGUACGAAACGCCUGAUCUUACUGAGGAAGAGGCGUUACAGAUUGUUGAAAUGUAUGCCGAUCAGCUUUCUGAACAUGUAACAGAACAUAAUGUGAUCGAACUACCACCAAUGAGAUUUGUCAAAGAAACAUCUACGACCAGUAAUUUGUUAAUGGAAGCUAUAGUGAUCGAUGUAUCUCCUGAUUAUUUUAUUAGCGCGGAAGACGGUGAUGAUUUACGGACAGAAGCUGAUUUCGAAGAUGUCUCCAUUAUGGACGAUGUUACACGCGUCUUUUCAUCACCUGAACGCGACUCCCGAAGUUCUUUAAAGAGAUCAGCUCGAUUUAAUACAGAUGAGGACGAAAAAAUUCCUAAUAGGCCUCCUCGAAAAAAAUCAAUGAGUCUAUCAUUAUCGAAAAGCGACAAAAGUCAAAGAAUAGAAUCUGAGAGCUUCCAUAGUGCACAGAAAGACGAGCCGCCGUUGUCACCGCUUUCAUCUUUGAAGCAGGAUGAUAGUGACACUUUUGCGGAUGCUUUAUCCUCGGCACAUGUCUCCAUCACUGAGAGUCUUAUUCAGAAACAUGUGAUAGAACAAGGAACAGCAGAAAAUAGAAAACGUAGUUUAAGCGCAGGAAGAUCAACUGGUUCCAGUCUCGACGAUGGAAUCGGUGGUGAUUCCUCUUUUGAUUCUACGAUCGGUGUUCCUAAAAUAAAGCAACGUAAAAAGAAGCAGCAAAUGGAUAAAAAUAAUUUUAAAGAAUAUUCCGAUCCUGAUAAUUAUGAGCAAAGGAAAAGAAAUGCAUCAGAAGAUAAAGUUGGACUUAUGGAACCAAUUGAAAAACAACUUAUGGAAUCAGUUGAAAAAACAGAAAUAGAUAACGGAAAUGAAACAAAAGCGGUAAAGAAAUUAUUUACCGAAGAAAAGCUGUUAGAGAAUUUGAAAAGUAUAAAGGAAGUUAAUAAUAGCAAUGUUUCGGAAGAGAUUCAAGAAUCGACAAAAGAUAUUCUGUUAGAAUCAAAAACAGCUUUACGCAGCUCUCUAAAACUUUUCUAUGAAAAAGUGCUCGAUACAGCACCACAAUUUUCUAAUAUUUAUGAACAAAUUGAGGACAUACAUCAAUUAUUGGAGGUUUCAAGAGGAAUAGAUGCAAACAUUCAAACCUUGGCUAAUCUGGAAAUACCUAUGCGUACAUUACUAAAGGAAAUUAAUGAAAUUACAUUAACAGAAUAUGUAGAAAUUAUUCACAAUAUACUCGAACCGUCUAUCAUCCAGUUGUCACAUAUCAUUGAAAAUCUCGGAUUACUAUCUUUACAGCCAACACACGUAAUUUUGAAGAAAUUUAGCGAUCCGGUUUCUAUUGCAACAAAAGAAUUGUCUCCGAUAAAAUCAACCUCCGACAAGUCUCAAAAUAUAUCUGAAGAAAUUGUAGAUCCAUUAAUCGACAUUCAAUCAAUGUUUAAUGGGAUAUUAGAUUAUAUCGAACAAUUAAAACUUAAGGUAAAUGGAUCUGCCAGUCCACAAGUUUUGACAGCAUCGGGUCUCAUUCCAUGUUUAGUAGAAUUGAGAGAGUGCAUAUCACACACAGCACACACUGCAAUGACGUUUAAAGAAAAUGAAACAAUAAACAGCUUAAUGGAAUUUCAAGAACCCUUAUUGGAUCUUCAGUUAAUUUUAGCAUCACAAAAAUGUACUCUUCGCGAACUUUCGAUGAUAAAGAAAAUAAAUCUUAUCAUUGUAAAACUAAAGAACGUCGUUAUAAUUAUAUUGAAAAAUUCUAAGAAUCACGAGGUAACCUCCCGAGUAGAAGCAAUUCUCAAAAUAUUGGAAGAUACCAAUAAACAAAUAUCAAAAUUAAUAGAACAAUUAUCAGAAACGGAAAUGAUUCAAAAACAUACGUUGAAGAAUCUAAACAUUGACCAAAGUUUAAGUAACGUUUAUUUUGCUCUAUCGUCAAUUUUAGAAAAGCAAAAAGAGCAUUUAGCCUCGCAUUAUUUAAUUACAAGUAUUGAGGCACUACGUCAGAUAAUCGGCUCUUCGGCUGUUACAAUUGCCAAUUUAAAAAAUCCUACUGAUAAUGAAAUAAUUCAAGAAAUUAGUAAACUAAAUAAAUCAUUAUUAAAUUUAAAGAAAAAUUUAUUAACGGAAAAGCACGAAUCACAAGAAGAACAAGUUAUUAAUGAUUUGAUGAAUUCCAUUAGUAUAUUAAAAGAAGUAGUUCGUAAUGUAAUUAAAAAUAGCUCUUCGAUUGAAUCAAUAAUGCCCCUUUUGGAAUUGUUAGAAGAUAUUGAAAAGGACGCUACUCUUAUAGUAAAAGAAAUAUCAAAGAAAAAAGAAAGUAUUACACAAUCUCUGAGAGAAAAUACAGAAGAAAAAAGUAAUUCAAAAUCCAAUUUAGCUAAUCAAAUAGGUGAUUCUUUAAAUCUUAUUAAAAAUUGGUUAUCUGAUACAUCUAAAAACAGUACGCUGCAGUAUAAAGAUGAAAUGGAAUUUGCACUAAGCUCAACAGUGGAGGAAUUAAAAAAAAAUAUUAAUCAAAUUGCUAUUCUCACAUCAUAUUCUGAACUACCAAGUGAUGAAAGUUUAAUAAAUGCAUUGAUUGAUCUUCGAGAACCAUUAAUAAAGCUUAAAAACUCUAUUUCUACACAACAUCAAAAACCAGAAAAUCUUUCAAUUUUAGAAAACUUGAAUCAUCCUAUGAAAUGCCUUCUACAAAUUACUAGGGAUGUUUUCUGUGAACAUACAGAAGAAGAAUCUCUACGGCCGAUGAUAGAUACUAUUGAGCAAAUUAAAAAUCAAAUACCGCUUUUAAUCAAAAAUAUUCUUUAUCAGCAAGAACUUAAAGAAAAUAUUAAAGUAUUUGAAGUAGAGACGGAAGAAGAAAUUGUCACAUCUUCCCACGAAACUAUUCCAGGUAUUCGUACGGAAGUUGUUUCCACGCCACUUGAAGCCGGUUCUAUUGUAUUACUUACUGAACAAGCUAUAACAGAAAAUAAUUACAAAAACACAACAGAUAAUGUCGUUCUACAAUCAAUAAAAAACGAAAAAGAGGAGCAAGAAAGGGAAGAGUCUGCAAACAAAUUAAUUAUGAUCUUGUCAGAAACUUUAGAGAAACUUCAAUUGGAGGUAACUAGUAUACUAGAGGAUUUCGAAGAAUCAACAACACAAACUACUACAAUUCCUCAAUCCAAAUUAGCUAAUUCCGUCGAAGAAUUAAGAAAAACCAUUUCCACAAUACGUGUAAUGAUUGUCUAUGGUGAAGAAACUGGAUCGUUUGAAAAAAAGCUUAAUCAAACAAUUUUGGUGUUCACUAACUUAAUGGAACCGCUGACAAAUAUACGAAAUCUUCUUUCCAAAUCGCACGAACACGAUGUUUCAGAACUCAUGAUACUGAAUCGGUUUAUUCCGUUAAUGAAUAUAAUAGAAAACGACAUGGGAAAACGGAUAAUUGAUUUUGUUAGUACGGAUAAAAGUACAGAAAAGAAAUUUGAUUGUCUCCUAUGCAUGGUGAAAGAAAUUAAAACGAAAAUUCCCAUUGUAAUUGAAAAAAUAUCAUUAAAACGAAAAAUUUUGGAAUAUCUCUGGGACAUUUCAAAACCUCUGGAAAGUAUUCUAGAUCGCAUGAACGAUCUAGAGAAAGCUGCAGAAGAAACUCUUGAAACUGACGUUGCGAAUAUUUUAGCAAAACCAAUUGCUGCUUUUUUAGAAGAUAUUAAGAUUACUACUCAAGAAAUAGAUUUAUUAGAUCAACGACAGCCAUUGAUUCUCGAAUUAUGGAAUCUUGUUGAACCUCUGUUAGAAUUUCAUAGUUGUCUUUCAAUGGUACAGAGUAGUCGAAGAAGUUUAGUUCCCGAAGCUUCUUUAUUAGAUGAGAGAAGAAGUGUUAUUUUGCGAGCUAUAGAUGAUUUGCGCAAACAAGUUUGUCAUACUAUUGAAGUAAUUGCGAAUAAUGAAGAAGUUUUAUUUAAUGAAACUUUGACGCUACUUAAUUCCGCAAUUCUACAGGUACAAAAACAGAUUGGGAAAACCGAUUAUUCACGUCGAUCUAGUAGUACCAAUAUUUCUCUUCAGCAUCGACUUACUGAUACAUUGAAUCGCUUAGACAAUGCUAUAGUAGCUUUAGAACAACAUGCUGAUAAAGAUACGUAUAGAAUAGUGUCCAAAUGUUUGGAAGCAUUACAGAAACAAAUCUCUUUUGCAAAAACACAAUUUAAUCAAAUCGGUACUGAAUUAAUUGAUGAAGAAGCAAUCGUAGAAGGCUUUCUUUAUCCGACAAAUCAACUUCUAUCGGCAUUAAAUAUUCUGAAAGAGAAUAUGCAGAAGAUACGUUCGGCAAUUUCGCCUAUUUUGAUAGUUCAGUUUCAAGAACUAGCCGACUCUAUUUCAGAACUAAGUUUUUCCUUAUUGGCUCAUAAAACAGUACUUGUCCAAGAAGGCGCUUCUGAAAAAGCACCGAUUGUAGAAACUUUUUCUGCCGUUAUAGAUGUUUUAGAUCACGUGAAAGAUUCUAUAAAUGUCAUAAAGCAAACAGUUGAUGAACAAAAAGCAAGCAUGAUUAUCACAAAAGUAGAAAGUGUCAUUGAUGAGAUAAUAGAGGUAUCACAAGAAGAAAUUGAGAGUGUAACGAUGAUCACAGAAAUACCAUCGUCUAGAGCAAUAAUUCAAGAAGUUGUUCAAUCUGAAGAUACAUUCACAAUGCAAACGCCAGUUUUACAAAAUCUAGAAACAGUAAUCUCUGUUGAACAAACCGAGAAUGAUUUGAUGGAUAUAAAAAUAUUUAAAGAAAAUGAAGAAGAACAUAAAGAAGAAAAUAAGAGACAAAAAUAUUUAACUGAGAUAUCAAAGUUUAAUUCUGUAAUAAGUAACUUAAGACAGCCGUUAAAAGAAUUGAUUAAUUUUGUAAAUUCUGCUAAACAAUUGCCUCUAAUUUCAAAAUCUGAAGAAAAUAAACGAAAAAUACAAGAACUAACAGCAUUAAUACAAAUUCUUAAUGACCUACAAGCUACAAUUUCUUCUAUUAAGACUGUAAUAACUUCCUCGUCCAUUAUACUAUUAGAUAAUCAAUUUUCCCGUAUGGAAGAUACAUUUACUGAUUUUCAACAAGCUAUCAGCACAGUUAUUUCAUUAACCUGUGAAGGAAUAAAACCAGAAUUAAAGGAGACUAUCAUGGCAUCUUUACCAUUUAUCUCCAAACCUUUAGAUGCUCUUAAAAAUAUAUUGGCAUCUGUAUGUCAAACAAUCGAAGAAGAGAAAUACAUUAACAAAAAUGGGGAAUCAUCUGCAAUUGCAAGAGCUUUAAUGUCAUGUAUUAAUGAUACCAUUAAAUCUUUAAGUGAAAUACAAAUAUUAAAAUAUGUUAGCAGCGCUGAUGACGAAGUAAGGGAAAUAAUAAAAGUAAAGGAAGAAGUAAAAGAUAUUGAAGAAACAACUGCACGACCCCUCGAGGAACUUAUAGAAGUCAUUAUGGAAUCUCAAGAACAGGUAAAAAGUGACAAAUCUUUAUUAUUAGAAUCUAGUCCGCCUUCCAUGGAUAUAAUAGAAUCAAAAAACGUUGAUAAAUUAAAACUCAUAGAAACAGAAUUAAAUAAAACACUUGUUAAAGAAACAGAUGUUUUAAUGAAACAAAAUACGAUUGAAACACCACAGCAAGCAUUAACAUCUUCAUUAGAGUCUAGUCAAAUUGAAGAUUUACUUAUUAAAAAUGCAGAAGAGAUAAAAUUAGUAGCAGAAUCUUUAAAAGAGGUUAAGGAGCAUAACUUGGUAACGGUUGACCAACAAAAGAUAGAAUCAACUUUGUUAUCUGAAAACAGUAUGAUUCAGAAAGAGCAAAGAAAAGUUGAAACUUUACAAGAGAUUAUUUCUUCUCUUCAAACAUUGUGUAAAUCAUUUGAUAAAACAGAAGAAGUAGGAGUUACAGAAUAUAUCAAAAAGGAAAAGAUUGUAUUCUCGGCUCUAAUAGAACCGUUAUUAAAUUUGCAACUUGCAUUAUCAUCCAAAGUUACCGAAGAUAUUAAACAAAAUACAAUGACGUCAUUGAAAUUAAUUGUCGUAAGAAUUUUGGAAGAAUUACCAAAGUCAAUUGCUAUAGUUCAAGAACAAGUGCAGCUUAAUACUGCUGCUGAAACCAGUUUGAGUAAAACAUCGAAAAUGUUUUCAGUACAAGCUAUCGUGAAAUCAUUAGAAGAUUUAAGGACGUCAAUUGCUUGCAUUCAAUCUGACCCAAUAAUUAGUCAAUUUAUUCAACAAGAAACAGAAUUAUUAAAUAUUGAUCAAAGUGUUGAGCAAAUCACAAUCCUACAAAAUCUUACUAAAUUAGUGGUGCAAUUUGGAGAAAAAUUUAUGUCAAUUAUUAACCAAAUAAAAAUACAAAAUGAGUCACCGUUACAAAUGAUUAAGCAAGAAGGUCCAGAAUUGGAUUUAGAAAUUUUACAGAAAAUUGUUGAUCCAAUUCAUAUUUUACGAGAAACACUUUCUCAAAUCGAAAACUUUGACAGUUGUGAAGCCGAAUUAUUAGAAAUGCCAGAAAAACAAAAAAUAAAGACUGUUCAGUUGGAUACAGUGAUAGCUUCUUUAGAAAACUUGGAGAAAUCAUUAAUUACAGGUAUACAGCAAAAUGCAAUCACGCAGGAAGAAGUUUUGAAAGAAUUCAACGAAAAUCAAAGCUUGUUGGUAAGUGCGAAUCUAAAGCCUGUGAUAGAAAAAUUGAGAAACUCUAUCAAUAUAGUUCAGGAGCAAUCAAUUCAUAAUGAAGACAUUCUUGUAUUAAAAACAUUAAAUGAAGCUUUAGAAAACUUAAAAAUGCCAUUAACAACAAUUGAAGAAGUCUUCAAUAAUAUCAAUGAAGUUACUAAAGCUGAAAAAGUAUCAACUUUGCUAUCAUUUGCAAACUCAAUAAAAAAAAUAACUAAUCAACUGGUAGUUACAACUAAACAAAAUAUAGAAAAACAAACAAUUAAUGAAACUUCUCUAUUAAAAACAAUGACUAUUCCAAUUGAAGAAUUGCAAAGUACAAUACUAAAACUUGAAGACCGACUAUCUCAAACUUUGGAAACAAAAGAAUCAAUAAAAGCUAUUACUUUAGAAUGUAUGAUACAACCAUUGCAAGAGUUACAACAAUCGUUCUUAACUGCUUCUUAUCAAGAAACCGUUUUAGCCUUGCAACGAUUGCCAAUCAAACCGAUAUUGGAUAACUUAAAUAAAUCCGUGGCAAUGAUUCAAGAUCAAGUUAUGAUUAUUCAGGAUAAUUUACUCGUGGACAUGAAUACAGACGAUGCAAUAACAUUAAAAGAUUUCGCAAGAUCACUUGGUAAUUUAAGAACAUCGAUGGUAGUUCUACAACAAUUGAAUGCAAUAGAGAACGCUGGUCAACAGAUUGUAGAAAUCGAAAAUGCGUCUGCGCUGCAAGCAUUUGCAAAAUCUAUUGAGGAGUUCAAAAAAUGUUGCUCCGUUAUUGUGGAACGACCAAGAAUUAUUGAAGCUUUUAGAAAUGCAGAAUUAAAAAAAUCAAAUAAAAUUGAUCCGCAUCUUAUUGAAAAUAUUAUUACACCUCUACGAAUAUUACAGGAGCAGAUUUUAACUAUCGAAGAGAUUAAAACGCAAGAAUCUGAGAUUUUUGAUGUUUCAGAAACAAGAAAACCAGUUAUUGCGUUAAGCAGUCUUGUUGGUCCCUUACAACAACUUGAAAAAUCUUUCAUCGCAACGGUGCAAAAGGAACAUGUUAUUGAACACAAUGGACACAACUUAAUAACUAAAUCAUCUGUAAGUCUAGAGAAGCUUGCUUUACAACCUAUUCUCGAAGAAGUACAAAAGUCUAUUGCUACUGUACAAGAGCACGUGAUAUUAGAGGCAGAAAGUCAAAUUACAUCAGAAGUAGAGACUGACACUUUAUUGAAAUCAAUCGCGCAACCUUUAAUUGAUUUAAAAGCUUCUAUCGCAUCUAUUCAGCAAAUAACCGCAAUUGCACCCGAGUUUGUGAAUGAACUCGUACAACAACAAAAUGUUUCAGCAUUGGAAACUUUUGCCAAAACUCUUCAUAAUUUGAUGGAACAUAUAGCAACGUGCAAUCAUCAGCAGCUAAUCAUGGAGCCUGCAGACACUAUUUCGGAAGAUAUUUCAUCUUUGAGUACGUGGGCGGAAGUAAUCGACGAAUUUUCUUCAAAAAUUACGCGUCCAAUGAUAAUCGAUCAAGGCGUGAUCGAAUCUCCAGUCGAAAUCGCAAUGUCAAUGUCGGAAGAUGAAACUUCUAUGCUGAAAACAUUAGCAAAACCACUAACUGAAUUACGAGAAUGUCUAGCCUUGAUCGUUGAACAACAGAAAACAAUCCUGCCAUAUGAUUCGUCAUGUUCGUUAUUAAAAAAAGAAAAUAUUUCUUUGACGACAACAAUAAUACAGCCUUUGUUAGAACUACAACAUGCAGCUGCAAUAAUUAUUCAAGAACAAAUGAUUAUUGAACGUGCUAAUGAGCAUUUAUCUGCCAUCAAUGGUAAAAACGAAUUUAUUCUUCAACCUUUAGUAGAACCACUUGAAGAAUUGCGUCAUUCUAUUGCUGUAAUACAGGAUCAAAUAUUGAUUGAAACAUCAACGGAUGGAAUGAAGAACGAUGUCAUAUUAGAUGCAUUAGCUGAACCUCUGUUCGAUCUCCAACGUGCUAUAUCUGUUUUAGAAACACGACCGAUGUCGCCGGAUGUUGAAUCAAUGUCUGAAGAUAUAGACAACAAUUGGAUUACGGAAUGUUUAGCAACUCCUCUACACGAAAUAGAGAAAUCGAUUGCUCAUAUUCGACAAUGCAACAUAAUGGAACCUGAAACUGCAAUUGUGGAAGAGCAAAUGAGAACGUCAAUGCCAGACCGAUCCAUUAUCGAAGAAUUAGCAAAACCAAUAGAAAGUAUUAAAUCAGCGUUGUUAUGUAUGAAAGACGACUCUAUCGAAAUUGAAAUUCUUAAGAUGAUGGAAAUACCACUUACUAACGUACAAGAAAAUUUAACGUUACUAAGAAAUAAAUAUAAUAUAGAAACAGUUAUAGAAAAAGGCAGUGUUGAUGCCUUUAUUCAAUCUCUUUCCAACUUUGAAGAAUGCAUUUCAUUUAUCAAAGAAGAACUUGUUGACAAACCAAUGUGCAAACAGUCAGGUAUGAUGAAAAUUGAUACUACGAUAUCUGCUACUCUCAAUAUACCAUUAACCGAAUUAAAAUGCUCUAUUGUAAACGUAAAACAAUUGCCAAGCAUAUAUUUAAAUAAUUUGAAGGGACCGUUGGAACUCGUGCAGAACGCGUUUGAAACAAUUAUAACUAUACAACGAAGUAAAAAGCUUUCAGAAUUAUCGACAAAAAUAAUAAAUAAUAUUUCAGAUAUUAACAAGUCAAUCGAAUCUAUUGAUAAUGAAUUAAAGCAACAACAGUUGUCAGUCGUUGAAAUUUAUAUUGAAUAUGAAGCACUUGAAAUGUUAACAAAAUCUUUACAGAAUAUUAAACGAUGUAUUAUACAGAUACAAAAGAAACCAAAUACUGCUAAUUUAAUGAUUAGUGCUCUUCAGAAACUCGAGCGAUCUAUAGCAGUAAUGCGACAACAAUCAGCUGAUAAACCGCUGGCGGAAUCACAACAUAUUAAUUUUGGUAUUGUUACAAAAAAUUUAAUAUCGUGCUUACAAGAAUUACAAGAAUCAAUAGAAACAACUAAAACAUUAUGGAAUGAAGAAACAGUAUUAGAUGGAUUAAUGAUUCUUGAAGAACCUAUUUACAAACUACAAACUACGAUUAACAUUAUGUAUAAUCAAUUUGUGAACGAAACAAUUUCGAUAAUAAAUAAAUACAAAGCAAAUUUUCAAAAGUCAAUUGAAAAGAAAGAAAUGAAAGCAUCUGAAACUGAGACAACUGUCAAAAAAGACAGUGAAUCUAAUGAAACAAUAAAAGCUGAAUUAGAAGAAACUGAGUGGGUGAAAGAUAAUGAUUUUACAAUAAUUAAUGAUAUGAAAGAUAAAGAAAACAUGAAGAAACUAGAAGAAACGGAACACGAGAAAGAAAAUAAAAAAUUAAUAGAAUUGCUAUAUGAAGAAGGGGCUAAUAAAAUAAAAAAUGAAAAUAAAAAAGAAAAAAAGGAAGAUGUAAUUCAAGAAAUGCAAUUAGUAAGCGAAAAACAAGACAGCAAAGAAAUUGAAACAAAGGAAGAAACAGAAAAAAUCAUAAAAAAUGGAAAAAAAGAGCAAAAUAAGAAAGAAUAUAAGAAAAUCGAAGAAAGUGAUAGUUUUGAAAAACACAAAGAAGCUGAAAAAAGACAAGAAAUAAAAAAUCAAGAAGAAAAAAUAGAUACCGUACAAGAGAAGAAGAAAAUUGAUGAAUACAAAAGAGUUGAAGAAAUUCGAAGCAUUAAAGAAGAAGCAAAAAAUGAAGAAACAAAAAAAUCUAAAGAUAUAGGAAAAAAAGAAGAGCAAAAAGAAAAAAAAGACGAAACAGACAAAAUAAAAAAAGAACAGAAAGACAUAAAAGAUAAUAAUAAAUUAAAACUAAUAGAACAACAUAAAGAAAGAGAUAAAACUGAAGAAAACCAAGAAAAAGUACUUAAUGAAUUGCAGCAAAAGAAACAGGAAUCAAUAAAAACAGAAAAAAUUGAACUGAUACAGAAAGAAAAUAACAAGGAAACAGAAAUUAAAGAAAUAAAGAAAGAUAUAGAGCAUAAAAUUCUUAAAGAAGAUGAAAAAUUAGACAAAGAGCAGAAAAAUCUUGAAGAUAGAGAAUGUACUGCACAAAAUCAAAAUGAAGACAUAGACAAGAUAAAGGAAGAAAACAAAAAAGUAAAAGAUCAAAAGACUGAAGAAUUGGAAAAGAAAAAAGUGCAUGUACAAGAGAUGACAAAAGAACAAGUACAAAAUGACCAAGUAGAAAUAAAGAAAGACGAUCAAAAAGAAGAAAAGCAAGAAAAAAAAUUAAAUAAUAAAGCAAUGGAAAAAACAAAAAUUGAAGAUAAUAAAGAAAUAAAACAUGAAAAAGUUGAAGAAUUGGAAAAGAAAGAAAAGAAUUCUAGUGAAAAAGAAGAGAUAAUAAAUCAAAAAGUACAAAAGCAAAAGGAUGAAGUAAAAAUAUCAAAAGAAGAUUAUGAAGAACAAAAAAGUACAACCAAGACUGAAGAAAAAGAAGAAGAAAACCAAGAAAAAGUAAUUAAUGAAUUGCAGCAAAAGAAACAGGAAUCAAUAAAAACAGAAAAAAUUGAACUGAUACAGAAAGAAAAUAACAAGGAAACUGAAAUUAAAGAAAUAAAGAAAGAUAUAGAGCAUAAAAUUCUUAAAGAAGAUGAAAAAUUAGACAAAAAGCAGAAAAAUCUUGAAGAUAUAGAAUGUACUGCACAAAAUCAAAAUGAAGACAUAGACAAGAUAAAGGAAGAAAACAAAAAACUAAAAGAUCAAAAGACUGAAAAAUUGGAAAAGAAAAAAGUGAAUGUACAAGAAAUGACAAAAGAACAAGUACAAAAUGACCAAGUAGAAAUAAAGAAAGACAAUCAAGAGGAAGGAAAACAAGAAAAAAAAUUAGAUAAAAAAACAAUGGAAAAAACGAAAAUCAAAGAUGAUAAAGGAACAGAAAAUGAAAAAGUUGAAGAAUUGGAAAAGAAAGAAAAGAAUUCUAGUGAAAAAGAAGAGAUAAUAAAUCAAAAAGUACAAAAGCAAAAAGAUGAAGUAAAAAUAUCAAAGGAAAAUUAUGAAGAACAAAAAAGUACAACCAAGACUGAAGAAAAAAAAGAAGAAAACCAAGAAAAAGGAAUUAAUGGAUUGCAGCAAAAGAAACAGGAAUCAAUAAAAACAGAAAAAAUUGAACUGUUACGGAAAAAAAAUAACAAUGAAGCAGAAGCUAAAGAAAUAAAAAAAGAUAUAGAGCAUAAAAUUCUUAAAGAAGAUGAAAAAUUAGAAGCAAUAAAAUUAACAGAAGAUAAACAAGCAAAGACAACAAAAAAUGUACAAGAGCAUGAGAAAACAUCUGCGCAGGAAAAAAAUAAAAUGGAAGAUAUAAAAGUAGAAAAGAUAAAAAUAGAAUCAAUAGAAAGAAAAAGUGAUAAAAUUGUUAAAACAGGAGAAAUAAUACAGCAAAAGUAUAUUUGUGUAAAUGACAUAAAGAAAGAUGAUACGGACGAAAGUAAAAGAGAGUAUAAAAAAAUAAGUAAAGAUCAACAAUUAGAACAAAAUCAAAAAGAAGAAACAAAUAAGGAAUUCCAGAAAUUAAAAGAAAGUAAAAAUUUAUAUUUGCAAGUACAGGAAGAUCAAAGAAAACAAAAAAAUGACAGAAAGCAAGAAGAAAAGAACAAAUCGGAAUUUGAAGAAUUAAAGGAAUUGAUAACAAAAGAGGAAUCAAAACAGCGAAAGCCGCAUAUAGAUGGAAAUUGGUUGUGUACCAGAGAAAAACGCAUUGAUAGAGGUAGUGAACAUAGAAUACAAGAAGAAGAAAACGUGUUUCAGGGGAGAAAUAAUAAUAUAAAGUUGCAUCGAAUGGAUACAGAGUAUUUAGAAAAAAAAAGAAUUGUGAGGCGAGCUAAAGAAGUUGAAUAUGUAGCAGAAGCUGAAGCAGACGAAGAAAAGCGCCAAAAAAGAAAUGAAGAAAAAAGAAUUAGGAGAGAAGAGGCUGCUAGAUUAUUAUGGGAAGAAGAUCAAAGAUUACGAAAAAGACAAGAAGAGGAGAGAUUCAGAAAUAGACAGAGAAGAAAAGAGCAAAUAAAAGAUAAUGAAUGGUCCAGAAAACGAGAAAAUGAAUCCGAUCGUUUUCUCAGGAAUAUGUUAGAGACCACGUACAAACCUGACCAAUCAACUUCAAUGUUUUUCGAUGUUAUUAGUUCUCGUGAACGUACUUUUCGAUUUAAUUCUGGUAUUCCAAUACUUUCUAGCACUUCUAAAUCGUACAGCUGGAGAGAUUCUUUAACAUCAUUAAACAGAAAAAGGUUUGACGACCUUUGGGAUUAUAAACUACGUAAUCCUUGUACGGAUAAAUAUCAUUCUGAUACAGGAUCCUUACAUAGAAGACGUAGAAGAAGAGAAAAUCGUAUGAUUCGUGCGAGAUCAAUUAGUUUGUUGAAAUACGAAGACUAUUCGACUGGGGAUAGCGAUGCCACUAUUGUACCUAGUAUGCGCAUUCGACCUUUUCGGCGUAUAAAAGAGGAUUUUGUCGAUUUUGACACGCAUAAGUUUAAGUCAUUUAAUUACACUGACCUCCAUCAAAGUGAGAGUUUUUUGUGGAAUAAACCAAAAAAACCUUCGUUUUGUACAAGGUUGACAAACAGAAUUGUAGGAGUUGGUAUGAAAAUAAGACUGACCUGCACCGUACUUGGUAAUCCAGAACCACGUAUUUACUGGAUGAAAGACGAUCAAAAACUGGAUGCAUCCCACAAUCGCUGCAGAGUACGAUACGAAAACGGUAUGGCUUAUUUAGAAUUGCGCGACACGCUUCCUGAAGACGCUGGAGUAUAUACAUGUGUAGCUGAGAAUACACAUGGCACUUCAACCACUGAAUCCAUUUUGGGGGUUUAUUCCGAUUAUAAACCUGCGUGUUCACCUCCAAUUUUCUCAAAAUCAAUUAAAGAUACUUAUAGAUAUUCUGAUCGUAAGUUGAUUCUGGAAUGUCGUGUACGAGCACAUCCAAUUCCUACAAUUUCCUGGCUAAAAAAUGGAAAGAUUCUUCAAGGCGAACGUUAUAAACAGAUUUAUCUCGAUGAUGAUGUCUAUCGAUUGGAAAUAGCAGACCCUGAUGUCACAGAUAAUGGAAAAUAUACAUGUCGCGCAGUAAACGAGCUACACACUGAAGAACUAUCUCUUAUUGUCCAUGUUGAAGAUUGGUUGUCUAUAAAACAAACUGAUUUACAUUCGGGCCAUAAAAUUAAGUCGGAUUUCGCACAAAAACCACUAUUCUCCAACAUACUAAAGGAUUAUAGUGUACCCGCUGGUGGAACUAUCGCUCUUCAAGUAGAGGUCAAAGGUACACCAUCUCCAGAAGUGAAAUGGUUACGCAGUGACCGAAAAGAGCCAAUUAUGAUACCGAAAGCGCAAACCUUUUUGGAACGUGGACUUUAUACGUUAAUUGUGCCUGAAGCAACAGAGUCAGAAAAGGGCACAUAUGUGUGUAGAGCGACCAAUGCUUAUGGACAAGUGGAUACAAGUGCGACGGUGGAUGUAAUAUCAUCAAGCGUUAUCGAUGGGGGAAAACCGGCAGUAUUCGUAUCAAGACCUUCCAAGAAAACGAUCGAUGUAAUCGUUGGCGAAGAUAUCAGUAUAUCUUUCCGAGUUAAUGGUAUCCCUAAGCCUCGAAUAAUAUGGAUGAAGGGAUUAACAGACAUCACAGAUGGACCGAGAUCAUACAAGGAGAGUAUUGAUGAUUAUGUUAGAUUAACAUUAAAAAAUGUUAUACCUUCUGAUGAAGGUACCUAUUGCAUUUUGGUUAAAAAUAGAUAUGGUUGUGACCGAAGCUUCUUCUCAAUCAAGGUGAAGCAACGUGCUAGAUCAUUAACCCCGUUAUCAGAUUGGAAAUUUGUUACUGAUUACUACACAGAAGAAUAUGAUAAUGACAUGUCUUACGUGAGAAAUGUACCCGGUCCAAUCAGUAGUGAACCUGUUGUUACUGACGGUGGAAAAAGCUGGCUAUCAUUGAGUUGGGGUAAAGCAGAAAGAAGAGGGCCUGCACCGGUGGUCGCUUAUAAGGUCGAAGCUUGGCUAUUAGGCAGUGACGGAGGUGCACGAUGGAUAGAGUUGGGUGUUACACCAAUCAACGCAUUCGACGCAUUCAAUUUACGGCCAGGUGGAGAAUAUAAAUUUCGUGUAACACCACGAAAUCGUUACGGAUGGGGUGAACCAGGUACGAUGACAAAUUCAGUGUUAAUGAUGGAAAGUACCGAUCUUCCAGAAUUCACAAAAAUUCUACCGGGUCAAUUAAAGGUUCUGGAAGGAACGUCGGUAAAAUUGGAAUGUGAGAUUCGUGGCGAUUCUAAAAUGGAAGCACGAUGGUUUCGUGAAACAACAGAAAUUAAUCCUUGCAAUGAUACAAGAUUUGCAAUAUAUUACGAUGGAUCUAAAUGUUCUUUGACGAUUACAAAUGUUAAAGAGGACGAUUCCGGAAGAUAUGUUUGCGAAGCAAACAAUAGGAUUGGUAAAGUGUCAUCGUUCGCUAGAAUUCUCGUUGUUACGGAUCCGAGAAUUAUUGAAGCCGAUGCUAAACUUAAAACAAAUUUAAGCAUCGAACCGGAAGAUAGACCGCCGCAGUUUACUAUGAGGAUACGGGAUAGACGAGUGCAAACAACUUAUCCGGUAAGACUUACUUGUCAGGUCAUCGGGCAUCCCAUUCCAGAGAUCACUUGGUAUAAAAACGAAACGGAAAUUUCUCAAGAUGAUCGCCAUAUUUUUUGGGAUGACGACUCAAAUUUUCAUACUUUGGAAAUAACGCAUUCCGCUCUUGAAGAUUCUGGAUGUUACAUGGUGACAGCGAGGAAUAUAAACGGUUCAGUGUCUUGUCGAUGUAGCCUUGUAGUAGACAAAGGAAUUCGGGCCUACAUCGCACCAGAAUUUCUUCGUGGUCUCGACACAGCUUACACGAUUCAUUCAGGAGGGGAGCUACGAAUGUCAGCACAACUUGAAGCUUAUCCGAGUGUUGGUGUCGUUUGGCAUCGCGAUGGUAUUCGAUUACGACCAAGUAGAAGAUCGAUAAUGACAUUGAGCCACGAUGGUACUGUCCAAUUUUCUCUGAUUAAUGUAACUAUGCGAGAUGCAGGCGUUUACAGUUGUACUGCAACAAAUAUUAUCGGUCAAGCUGAGACAUCCACCAAGGUAGCUGUUACGACCGCAAUCCAAGAUCAGCUGUCCAUCAAUGAAUCAUCCAAUAUUAUGAUCACAAAUCCAGAUAUACUAUAUUCGAAAGAACCUCUUUUCGUCACGAAACCUUUAUCAACUGAAGCGAUCGAAGGCGAUACGGUUAUCAUUCUUUGUGAAGUAGUCGGAGAUCCUAAGCCGGAAGUAAUAUGGUUGCGUGACUUUCUCAAGCCCGAUUAUUAUAAGGACGCACCUCACUUCCGGCUAGUGGGUGCAGGGCCACAAUAUCGGCUGGAAAUACCUUAUGCUAAGCUGGACUUUACUGGAACAUAUUCCGUGAUAGCUCGCAACUGCCAUGGAGAAGCAAAAGCUGUAAUUUCCUUACAGAUCUAUGCCAAAGAACAAGGUAAAGAAGAACAAAUGCAGAAAUCCCCUCACGGAAAGGUAUUGACCCUGCCGAUUAUAAAGAGAGAAUUGCGAGAUCUCCGAUGUUGCGACGGCGACGCUGUCUCCCUGGAAUGUAAAGUUUACGCCACACCAGAACCACCUUUGGUUCGUUGGGAACGUGGAAGCAAAAUUAUAACUAUGGUGGGUGAUUUUGCUGCCGAAUUUGAUGGUGAAACAGCACGAUUAAGUAUUCAACAUGUUUAUCCUGAGGAUGAAGGAGAAUAUACAUGUGUGGCUUACAAUGAUCUUGGAAAAGCGUAUACAUCAGCUUGUUUAGUUGUAGAUGUACCUGAAGGAAAAGAGAAUAUACUGAGCCAAAAAUUGUCAAGGCCGAUGGGUCUACUGUCAGCAGGAUCGACUCCAAGAUCGACACCGAGAUCGACACCAAUCAGAAGCUUGUCACCGGCGAUUUCGCAUGGACGUGAACUUAGAUCACCACAAGUUUUACUGCGAAACGAUACGUCAAAGAGAUCUAGGGUUUGUCCACCAAAAUUUUAUGCAGUGCCGCAUAAUCGUUUAGUUCAGGAAGGUGAAACUGUGCGUUUCCAAUGUGCUGUAGUCGGUCAUCCCGCGCCCUGGAUAAAAUGGGACAAGAAUGGCACCAUUGUAACACCGAGCACGAGAAUCUCCAUCAAAGAGCAAGAUGACGUUAAGAUACUUGAGAUUAUUGACGUAAUGCGAGAAGAUGCAGCUCUCUACAGAGUGACAGCAGAAAACGAUUUUGGUCGAAUUGAGGCCAGUGCACGUCUUGAAGUAAUAAAUCGGCACGAAUCUACUAGUCGAACUAUCAGAACCAGAAGUGCCUCACCUAGAACACAUCCUUCAUUUGACCGUAGUCUUCUUCCAACUACCAGUAGAAUAAAUAGCCGUCUACAAUUAGAAUGCCGUAUACGAGGAACGCCGAGUGUAACAUCAACGUGGUACAGAAAUGGACGACCGUUGGAACGAUCUUCUAGAAUAAAGGGACAUUUCGAUGGUACAACAGCCAGAAUCGAAAUAUCAAAAGUGAAAGCAAGUGAUGCAGGUGAAUAUACUUGCGUAGCAAGCAAUAUUCUUGGAUCAACGAGAAGUAGUUGUCAGGUAACCGUUUUGGAUCUCCACAAUUCAUCUAUUGCGGACAAAAAUGCACCACGAUUUUUGCAAUCGUUGCCGAAAGAAACAAUUGUCAUGGAAAAUUAUUGUCACGAAUUUCACAUUGGAGUUACAGGCACACCUCCUUUUACAAUUAUUUGGUUUAAGGAUGGUCGUGAAUUACCUGACAACGAUUAUUAUAAAUAUAUUAUAUAUAGAGAUGGAGGUAUUGCUCUCAGAAUAUUGGACGUUCGUCCACAAGAUGCCGGUGAAUAUACCUGCAUUAUACAGAACAAUUUUGGUACUGCGUCUUGCAGUAGUCUCUUCGCUGUGCAAGACUACAAAAAUGUUUUUAAACCAGCGCUUCAAUUUACAAAAACUCCGCUGUCAGUUAUUACCGCUGAAGGCACUACUGCUUAUUUUUGUGCCAGAGCGCAGUGUGGAAAAGCUAUAGAAAUUAUUUGGACAAUUAAUGGGAAAGAUGCGCGGGAAAACGCAAAAUGUAAAAUUGAAAGAGAUGGUAAUGUUAGCAUCUUAAGAAUACAUGACAUAUCAUUACGCGACACAGGAGAGAUUCGAUGCAUAGCUUCUGUGAAUGGAAAAGGUCCAUCCAUCAGUUGUCUUACCAAGCUACAAUUACGAAAUUCGUUAUACGAUUUUAAUGAUUCCGAGACAAGGCUUGAAGAUAUUCAAUCUCAAGCACAGGCCAAACCACCAUUAACAAACGAUAAGCUUGUAAGCACAUCGGAAAAUAUGGCAAAGCUAUCAUCAUUAAAAUGUCGGCGACAUCACGAGAAGUCGCUAACGCAUACCAGAUCAUCCUCUUUUCCUCGAUAUAUUGCGUCGUACACUAAGCACAUUUCUCAUUUGCCAAUAAGAAAACGCAAUUCUAAUAAUGCAUCAAUUGAUGUCCAAAAUUCGCAAUUUGUGAACGAUUUAUCGAUACAAAAGAUUGUAAACAAAAAUAUAGACAAUAAUUUAGAGUUAUCAAAAAUUAAAAAAUUAUUAUCUUCAGUAAAUACCAAAAAUAUAACUGAUACUACCAUAAAAUUGUUAUCGCCAAAGAGGACAGAACAAAUCUGUAAUCAGAAUAUUAAUUCUGUACCGAACAAACAGUAUGUAACAUCACGUUUAGAAGAGUUGGUAAAAGCUGCAAUAAUAAAAAAACCAACUAACAUCAGUGUAUUUAGAGGAAACAGAGCAAUACUCAAAGUAACUUAUCAAGGAUAUCCCGAACCAACAAUCAAAUGGCUUCGAGUGAACCGAGAAUUACAACCAAGUGAGAAGAUUAAAAUAGUCAGCAGAGACGGUGUAUCUUAUCUAACACUGGACGAUGUGACGUACGAUUAUGCUGGAAAAUACGAAGUCUCAGUGGAAAAUCCGUUGGGCAAAGACCAAAGAUUCUUUAGCUUAGCUGUAGAAGGUCCACCUGAACCUCUCACGGAUAAACCAAAUAUAAUCUUGAGUGCUGGACAAAUUACAAUCAUUUGGCGAUCGCCACCUUAUGACGGAGGACGUACCGUAAUCGGAUAUACUGUGGAAGCAAAACAAGCCGGUAAAAACACGUGGAUGAUAAUUGCCAAGUGUCAUUCGCUGAGUUAUACAUUAGCGACAACUAAAAGGAAUUCCGUGAUUCCGGGUGAGAGUUAUUAUUUCCGUAUCCGAGCCGAAAAUAUCCACGGACUCAGUGAUUCUGGCAUGGAGUCUGAUUCCGUUAGAAUUCCAGAAUACAAAGAAAUGAUGCUUCAAGAAGAAGAAGAAGAUGAAUUCAAUCCAAACUUCGAAUCUCGUUUGGUAGUACCAGAAGAAGGCAAACUCUUUGACGAAAGGUACGACGUUCUUGAAGAAUUAGGAAAGGGCCGAUAUGGUGUAGUCAGAAAAGUUAUCGAACGAUCGACAGGCAUAAAUUUUGCUGCUAAGUUUGUUAAAAUAAUUAAAACAAAAGUUCGCGAACAAGUUCGUGAAGAAAUUGAAAUUAUGAACACACUAAGGCAUCCUAAACUGCUGCUACUGGCUGCUGCCUACGAAAGUCCUCGUGAAACAGUGCUAAUUAUGGAAUAUAUUUCAGGUGGAGAAUUAUUCGAGAGAGUAGUAGCCGACGAUUUUACUUUAACUGAAAGGGAUAGUAUUCUAUUUAUGAGGCAAAUAUGCCAGGGAGUCGAAUAUAUGCAUCAAAAUAAAAUCGUACAUCUGGAUUUGAAACCGGAAAAUAUAAUGUGCCAUACACGAACUUCUCAUCGGAUUAAACUGAUUGAUUUUGGAUUAGCUCGAAUUUUAAAGUCUGAUACACCGGUCAGAGUACUUUUUGGCACACCCGAAUUUAUUCCACCGGAAAUUAUAAAUUACGAACCCAUCGGCACUGAGUCAGAUAUGUGGAGCAUUGGUGUAAUUUGUUACGUUCUAUUGACUGGCUUAUCGCCAUUUAUGGGAGACAAUGAUAUCGAAACAUUUGCUAAUAUCACACGAGCAGAUUAUGAUUUAGAAGACGAAGCUUUUGAUGCCAUUUCAAACGACGCUAAGAAUUUUAUUAGCGGUUUACUUAUUAAACGAAAAGAUUCACGAAUGUCGGCCACGCAGUGUUUGAAACAUCCAUGGAUAAUACAAGAAGCUACGACUAUGAGUAAAGUUGUCUUGCCGACAGAAAAGCUGAAGAAAUUCAUCAUACGCAGGAAAUGGCAGAAAACAGGAAAUGCCAUUCGCGCAUUAGGAAGAAUGGUAACACUUUCGGCGCAUAAUAAACAUAGUCCCACAACACGAGCGGUAUUAUCGCCUACGCUUGAACAACAAUUUGAUAGCACCAAAAUGAAGUAUUCCGAUGAAAUUAAAUCGAUUUCUACUGCUAUCAAUAAAGAUAUAGAAAAUGUGGAAACAAGCACGAAAAAGAAUUGUGCUAAAGCAAUAUCGCAAACAAAUUUAAAUUCCACAUGUGUGAAAGAGGUAAACGUAAUGCAAAAAACGUUGACGGAAAACGAAAAUAACUCAAAUGAUUUUUCGAAGCAGAUAAGUACCAGAAAAGAGAUGUUUAAAUUACAUAAAUUAAUACCAAAGACAGCAGACAUUCCACAAAACUUCACGGCGUAUGUAGGGACUUUAGCAGAAAAGAAUGAAAAUGAGGAAAGCGAUAAAGAAGUAAUCAAUAAAUCUUUUGAAAUAGAACACAUUCCAAAAUCUCAGACAUUACCUAGGAUGUUUCGAGGUGAUUUGCACGAUUCCGGAAUAAGUGAUUGCGGUUCGAGCUUGAUGACUCCUUCAGUUCAUGUAGAACCAGGAAUAGUAUCCACUAUUAAGGAAGAAAUAGAUCAUGAGGGUCCCAACCGAGAAAGUAAACAAAUAUUGAAAAAUGAAGAUAAUCGGCGAAGUUCAACGGUAGAAAUUUUAGUAAAUUUAGUGCAAAGCAAGAAAACUUUUCCUUACGACACGGAAAUUAUUGCGGACGGUGACAAGGUAGCUACAAAACAUAACGUGACUAAAGCUUCGUUUGAAACUAAUCCUGUGCAAAAAGUUAUCAACAAGAACACGGAUGCAAGGAUAUUAAUCAAACAUAAUCACGAUAAAUUCCGCCCAACUGGAAACGUAAGUCGUACGGCUAAGAUAUUCGAAAGGAAAAAUAAAACAUUAAAUUCAAACAAUUCGCAAGUUUCGAUGACACAGUGUACGUAUUCUGCCGCUAUAAUCACAGAAAAGCCGCCUAAUGAAAGAAUACAGAAAGCUUUUGCAUUCUGGAAAAAAUAAAGUUAUCUCUCUUUUAAAAUAUAUUGAAUAAUAUACAAAUCAAAACAAGUAAAUCAUUACAUCAUUUUCAAGUAAAAUAGAAAUAUAACUGUUUGCAAGAUGUCACCAAUAUGUAGAAAGAUUGACAGAUACAUAUAGGGACAUGAUAUACAAUCAAUUAAGCACAAUUGAAAUCAUAACUUUCUCGAUUCUAACAUUAAAAAAUAAAUUCAAAUUGUUCUAUCAAUUAUUUUAACAAUUAUAUUAACAUAAAUCGCUCGAUUGAAUGGAAGAAAUAUAUAUUUAUUGUUAGAGUGGGCGAUCAUUCCUUGAAGAAUUUACACACAAUGAUUUAUAAUUAUUAUCGACUGCAUCGCAAUCUACG